UCCUUUGCUGUGUCAGCACAGGGAUGGCUGGGCUGGCCCCACCCUGUCACCCUGUGGGAUUUUUGGUUUCCCAAUGUGGGAAGGAGCUCAAAGUCAUGCCAAAACCCCCAGGGGGUGUCCGACUCAUCCUGCUUUGCCGGCACCUCCACUGGGAAUAAAGCCACCCAUCCUGCUGCCAGCAGAGCAGAGGUGCUGUGCAUUGAGCAAGGUAAGGACGGAUCCGGGCUCAGCGCCUUCAACUGCCAACCAGGUGAGACUGGGAUGAACUGGGACGAGUUGGGAUGAGGAGUCGCUCCUUACCGCAGCAGUGGGGGCUGUGGUGAAGUUUAAGGAUGUAGAACAGCCUGGGGUGCCUGGAAUGCUGGCAGUGGUGGAUGGGGCUGCUAGGCAGUGAAGACAUCCUGGUGGGGGAGUGGAGCUGCGUGAUCCCUGGAGCUGGGACGGGCAGACUCACAGUGGUGGGACAGGAUUUAUCUUCUUCUGGGACUAGUGAGCUGGCAGACUGCCCACACCAGCUCCGCAGCCUGCUCUGGGCAAUGCCCGCCAUGACACACUGUCACACUCCUGGAAUUUGGAAGGAUCUACAUGUUUUUUCCUCUACCCCAAAUCCAAAAUAGUGUUCCGAGUUCAUCUCCCAUCCCUGCAUCCCUGUGACCCAGCAUUGAUCCUGGAAGAAUGAGGCCUGUGACACUAGAAUUGUCCCUGCUGGCUGUGGCUCUGCUGUGCCCAGCCACUGCCAUGCUGCGCAUCGGUGCCUUCAACAUCCAGGCCUUCGGUGACACCAAGAUGUCCAACAAGGAAGUGGCAGAGAUCAUCAUCAAUGUCCUGAGCCGCUACGACGUGGUGCUGGUGCAGGAGGUGCGCGACUCCGACCUCAGCGCCGUCACCGAGCUCAUGGAGCAGCUCAACAGUGCAUCCAAAUCCCCAUAUGACUACGAGAUCAGUGGCCCUCUGGGACGGGAGAACUACAAGGAGAUGUACCUGUUUAUCUACAGGACAGACAUUGUGUCUGUGGUGGACACUUACCAAUACAAGGACCCCCAGGAUGUCUUCAGCAGGGAGCCAUUCAUCCUGAGGGUCUCAGCACCCAGCACCAGUAAGUGGGAGAACAAGUGGCCAUGGGUUGUGGCAUGGGGUGGCUGUGGGGCUCAUCCUUCUCCCCUGGCAGAGGCGAAGGAGUUUGUGCUGGUGCCCCUGCACUCAGCCCCACAUGAUGCUGUCGCUGAGAUUGAUGCGCUCUACGAUGUCUACCUGGCCAUCAUCAACAAGUGGGGGACUGAUAACAUGAUAUUCCUGGGAGACUUCAACGCUGACUGCUCCUACGUCCAGCCAAGCGACUGGUCAUCCAUCCGCCUGCGCACCAGCGACAUCUUCAAGUGGCUGAUCCCCGACAGCGCUGACACCACCGUGGGCAAGUCAGACUGUGCCUAUGACAGGAUCGUGGUGUGUGGCAACAAGCUGAAGAGAAGCAUCGUGUCCAACUCAGCUGGUAUCUACAAUUUCCAGCGUGCUUUCCACUUGGACCAGGAGGAGGCCCUGGCAGUCAGCGAUCACUACCCAGUCGAGGUGAAGCUGGCAGCCUGAGCUCCUCCUGCAGCCACAGACCAGGAUCCAGCUCCAGCUUCUACCACCAAUCCCCAUGAAUGUGUUCCACUCAGCCCCAUCCACAAGUCCUGUGCAUGGGCUGCCUCAGAUGCUGGUCUGGAGAAGGAUGGCAGCUGGCUGUGCCCAGACUCCCCUGCCCACCAUGAACCAGAGCCUAGACAGGCCACCAGCCAGGCCACUGUGACCACAGACAAGCCAACGAAGG